UAAAAACCAAAAUAUAUAGAAAGCAAGAACAGAAAGGGAUCUCGACUUCCCUCAGUGUGAGCGGUGCGAUUACCCGUGGGCGGUGGAAAGGACUCUCCGUAAUGCAGAUGGGAGUUACCAGGAAGUCCAGUGGCCAUCUUGGAUCCCAUUGAGAGCCUCCGAGCUGGGAUUAGUGCAUCCAUUCAGAGCAGGACAGACGCUCGGAUAUCGCUGCGCUCAUCCAGGCCACUAUGGCUGCCACUGAUGUACAACGGGCUUCGAAUGAAGAGAAGCGAAGCCUUGCGAUGAGUGGCCAUGUGGGAUUCGAUAGCCUUCCGGACCAGCUUGUUAGUAAAUCUGUCACACAAGGUUUCUGCUUCAACAUUCUCUGUGUGGGUGAAACCGGCAUUGGAAAGUCCACGCUAAUGAACACUUUGUUUAAUACAACAUUCGAGACAGAAGAGGCCAGUCAUUAUGAGAAUGGCGUUUGCUUGCGACCACGUACAUAUGACCUACAAGAGAGCAACGUGCAUCUAAAGCUGACAAUAGUCGAUACUGUUGGAUUUGGGGAUCAGAUCAACAAAGAUGACAGUUACAGGUCAGUUGUUGACUACAUUGAUACUCAGUUUGAAAAUUAUUUGCAAGAAGAGCUCAAGAUCCGCCGUUCCCUAUUCAACUUCCACGACUCCAGGAUACACGUGUGCCUUUACUUCAUCACACCCACUGGGCACUCUCUAAAGUCACUAGAUCUGGUCACCAUGAAGAAGCUGGACAGUAAGGUUAAUAUUAUUCCCAUUAUAGCCAAAGCCGACACUAUUUCCAAGAGUGAACUCCACAAGUUCAAAAUCAAGAUCAUGAGUGAACUGGUCAGCAAUGGAGUUCAGAUCUACCAGUUCCCUACAGACGAUGAUGCAGUGGCAGAGAUCAACUCUGUAAUGAAUGCUCACCUGCCCUUCGCUGUAGUUGGGAGCACAGAGGAGGUGAAAGUAGGAAAUAAACUUGUGAGAGCCAGGCAGUAUCCUUGGGGAGUAGUACAAGUUGAAAAUGAGAGCCACUGUGAUUUUGUGAAGCUGAGGGAGAUGUUGAUUCGGGUUAACAUGGAAGACCUGAGAGAGCAGACUCACACCCGGCAUUAUGAGCUGUACAGGCGGUGCAAGCUGGAAGAGAUGGGCUUCAAGGACAAUGAUCCCGACACACAGCCAUUCAGCCUUCAAGAGACUUAUGAAGCCAAAAGAAAAGAGUUCUUAUCCGAGUUACAGAGAAAGGAGGAGGAAAUGCGGCAGAUGUUUGUAAAUAAGGUGAAGGAAACAGAGGCCGAACUAAAAGAGAGGGAACGGGAGCUGCAAGAAAAGUUCAUGCAGCUGAAGAGGAUACACCAAGAAGAGUCAAAGAAGGUGGAAGACAAAAGGAGAGACUUAGAGGAAGAAAUGAAUUCCUUUAACAGACGGAAAGCCGCCAUGGAAGCUCUCCAGUCCCAGUCAUUCCAGGCCACCUCCCAGCAACCUCUGAAGAAAGACAAAGAUCGGAAAAACUCGGUAAUAGCAGGGAACCAAUCAACAGUUAGCUUCUCAAGCACCAAGGUGAUGAUUGCCAAAGCCAAUGUGGAGUCGUUGAAUUGCAAUAACUGGUGGAACACCGUGCAGUGCUGCAGCUGUCUGGUCAAGACAGGACCAUGGCAGGAGGGAUUUAUCUGAGGAAGAGCCUGAGCUGGUUGGACAUCGACACGACAUGGGACUGCAGGAAGAGAACAAUCACCAAUAUUCUUAGGCCAGUCGUCUCCAUUUUUUAUUUUCUGGACCAAAAUAUAGCAAAUAAAUUACAGAUCACGCUGGGAAGCCUGAACUACAGCAACUUCUUUCCAUGCGUCAGCCCAUCUUGUUAUUGACCAUCAGCCUUUUAAGCUUCUACUGAAUGUAAAGGGGAUCUGUGCUCUCCAAACACAACCUUUUUCUAGAUCCUCGCUCCACCAUUACUUGGGUCAUACCUGUUUGUAUGUUCCACCUACCCAGAAUCAGAGGGUCCAACUCUCAAAAGUUAACACACACAAGCAGUUAUCAUUAUUUCUAUGAAGGAUUGGGAGGAAUUGGGUUGCAGACCAUUUACAUUUCCUAAAUCCCGGGCAUUUAUUUAUUUCUAUAAAAUCUAGAACAGUGAACAUCUGAGCAAAAAACAGCAACGCGUUUCACGUCACGGGGACAAAUUCAUCUACAGAUGACAGUGGACAGUUUGUGGCAAUAAUUCUUCUUAAAAGAAAUUACCAAAAAAACUAAGAACUGAGUAAGAGUAGUGUUGAGAAGCUGGCAUUGCAGUGUAGCCUUAGACAAUCAUUUAAAGAGGAGGCAUUUGUAAACAAUAACAUAGUGGCAUUAGUCCCUUUUUAAACAUGCAAUUUCCAAAGUAUAUUUCAAUAUAGUGAAGAUAGUCGUAUGAUACAGGGAAAUAACACCAGCCAGUUUUGGAUAAUAAAGCAACAGCAUGCAUUUUUGAUUUCAAUAUGUAACUUUGGCACAGGGUAGAGAUGAAUCUGGUGGGUUUAGGCAAAGGAGGUCAAAGGGUGCGUUUGAUGACUUGGCUGAUGUUUGUGUUUGGAGAAUGAGUUAGGUUGUUAGAACAACGUUCUCAGUGUAGUAGGCUCACUAUAUGCGUCAAGGUUGAGAUUGGUGAUGCUUUAGAAAGUUAUAUGGCAGUGAUCCCCAACCAGUAGCUCAUGAGCAACAUGUUGCUCCCCAACCCCUUGGAUGUUGCUCCCGGUGGCCGCAAAGUAGGGGCUUAUUUUUGAAUUCCAGCCUUGGAGGCAAGUUUUGGUUGCAUAAAAACCAGGUGUACUUCCAGAGUCUCCUGUAGGCUGCCAGUCCACAAAGGAGCUACCAAAUACCCAAUCACGUCCCUUAUGUGGCACCCAGGAACUCGUCGCUUGCUUGUGUUGCUCCCCAACUCUUUUUACAUUUGAAUGUUGCUCAUGGGUGAAAAAGGUUAGGGACCCCUGUUCUAUGGCAUCUGGGGGGCACAGAGAAUCCCUUAGAGGGCCAUGAACCGGUUGGUCUCCAGUUGAACAACUCUCAGCCAGACCAUCAGUGAUGCAUGCAAAGAUGAUAGACAUCAAUACGCAUAAUACAGGAGGCUCAGGUAAGGUCUUUGCAGACAGAUUUAUGACACUUUUAAUCACUUUCAGCAGCAAAAAGCUUUGCCUGCCCUUAACUGUCCAAUAUUCUCUUCUCUGCUUGGAUUAGCCAACGCUUCUGUCAGCAGAGAACGGAUUACAGAUUCUUCAGCCUUCCAAACACAAAUGUGAUUUAUCAAGUGCUAGAGAGCGUUAUGGACCCAGUUUUGCAAAGCUGGGAAACUUCAGUGGUGUUGUGUACAUUAUAAUAAAAAUAAUGCUUACUAUGUACAGUAUUAAAUGAAUGGAACCAGAAUCAGAAAAAAAAUAAUAUUUUUGCAUCAUAUUGAGAUCUCAUGAUAAAGGGAUUUUAAGUGAAAAAUCUAGAUUUAUUUAAAAAAAUAAAAUAAAAAUAAGAAAUGAAACAACUGUCACUUUUCUAUCCAAGGGAUUUAGCAGUCUGGAAGCAGCUUAUAAAGGAUGGGAGUUUUAAAGCAAUUGCAGUUGUUCACGUGUUUUUAUUUUUGUAAUCUUCAUUUAACAUGUAGCUGUCAGUGGCAUAAUAACGUGUGGAAGUCCACGGGUGUGGCGGAAUACACUUUCCACUGCCGCUUGUCCUGUACAAUUGUCGCCCAUUGUAAGAUCUCUGUGGUGGAACACUUGCACCCAUUCUGCACGGCGAACUUCUUGACUGACAGUGUUCUCUGUAAUGAAUCCAACAGAAUAAAACUGAGCCAAAAAUCUC